UGAAAUUAUCGCUUCUUCGAAUAAAAUUUGAUCGAUUUCGUUUACAAAGUUUAGGAAAGAAGUUUGAAAAAAGAAUUUGCACGAAUAUGAAAGUGAGAAUUUGGACAAUAUGGAUAUUUAUCUCGAUGUUGAUAAAAUCAUCGAUCGGCGUCGAGAAGUAUUGGCUACCAAAUUUGGAAUGGGAGACGGCUGAAAAUUGGAUUGGAGGACGGAUACCGGAAUUAGAUAGUUAUGUGACGUUUCCUUUGGAUACGAGACACGCUGUGGGAAUUGGGAAAUCCGAGAAUCUGAGACUCUCUGGAAUUGAUCUGGCCAGAACUGGAUCCUUGGCUCUACCUAGAAACGGAAGAUUACAGUUAACCGAGCCAGGAGGAAACUCGCCAAGGAAAAUCAGUCGGUGGUCGAGAUCCGGCCACUUGUUCUGGGCUGAUCCAGAAAAUUGGAACGGAAGCUCGGAAGCAGCGCCUCAUCUCGAGCAGGUGCCGUGCCGCCAGGACGACGUGGUGCUGCCUGAAAAAACGCGUAUCUUCAGCGUUCUCUUGCCGAUGAAGAGGAUCGAAGUGAGGUCGGUUCGAACGAACGAUGAAAAGCGUCCAUACACCGCCUGGCAAUGGGCAGAUUUGGAAACCAAAAGGGAGUUCGAGAAAGGAAUAUCCACCGUGAGAUACGCGGGAUACAAUUGCGGGAAGUGUUCCUGUCAGGACGAUCCGAACGGUUACUACCUCGAGGAAAUUUGCGCCAUUCAAAGACCGAAGUGUGGCCACCCUGCCUGCGAGUAUCCGUUCUGGGUGGAAGGCCAUUGCUGCAGAUAUUGCGGUGGCCGUUUGUCUUUGACGGACAGGACGUCUUUGUCGUUGGUCCAGGCAGCCGCUGACGAAGCUUUGGAAGGCCGCCAGGAGAAGCUUGCCUGGCACGUGAGACGUGCUUGGAGCGGCGGUGUCGAGGUUCUGAUAAAGAGGAAGGGCGAUUACUCGGAAAUCGAUAUUCUCGAGGGGUUGGAAGAUGUGAAGACAACCCUUUCGAAUAUGAAAAUCGAGGUUUUCGCCGCACAAGUGACCGGUGCCGCUUUGCGGGAUAACGGCGCAACUGUUGCACUGGCUUCGCUGUUCGUUACACCAUUGAUCCUCCUUGCACUCUUAUUCAUCGUCUUCUUAUACUUUGGCUAUUCCUACAGACAAAUUCUGUUGGGCUGCACGCAAAUAUUUUCCUCGAUAAGGGAUGGAGUUCGAGUGGACAAGAAACAGGCUGGCAAACCGUUCGGUUUCGCCCGUUUUGAAAAUAUUUCAGAGGGUAACGUUCAAAUAACAGAUGUCGCCAGUAUCCGUGAAUCAAAUCUCGAGGAUAUAGAAACGGACAACAAAGAGUCAUCUUCAGGCGGAAGAUUCGAGAAUCCUUUGUACAGAUCGAAAAGAAAAGGUCGUAAGGAGGAAGGGGAGGUUUUGGACAUGGAAAAACCCCUGAGUUUGUCAACCCUUAACGAUAGAGUGGAGGAGGAUCAGAUCGAGGAAGUGGAUCUUGAUCAAUGAGCUAAUGGAAUUGCUCGUACAAUUCUUAGUAUUUUAGUUAUGUUUUUCUUCCUUCCUAAAAUUUAACGAAUUUGAAAAUUAUUGAAUAUAAA